AUGUGCACCAUCUGUCAUUUGUACCCGAUUCCCCUCGCGAUCGCGUCAUCUCGCCAAUGCGCAGCUGUCACUGGCGUCGCCGUUAACGAUUCGUGCCUGGAGGCCUUCACCGACCUGAAGCUGAAGCACACGUCCAAGUAUGUGGUGUACAAGCUGAACGACCAAAACACCGAGAUCAUUGUGGAUAAGACGUCGAAUGAGAAGGAGUACGACUCGUUCAUUGCGGAUCUGCCGGAGACGGAGUGCCGCUGGGCGGUGUACGACCUGGAGUACGACCAGGGCGAGGGCAAGCGCAACAAGAUCCUGUUUGUUGCGUGGUCGCCGGACCAGGCGAAGAUCAAGAACAAGAUGCUGUAUGCGUCGAGCAAGGACGCGCUGCGCAAGAAGCUGGUGGGCGUGGCGACCGACGUGCAGGCGACUGACUACGACGAGGUGUCGUACGAGUCGGUGCUGGACAAGGCGUCGCGCGGCGCGCGCUAA